UAGAUUUAUAGGGCGGGAUAACACACAGCAGCAACCGCAUCACGCAAUGCGCUAGGUUAACGCACGCACGCAUGCGCACUGAGAUCUCGGCUUUGUGUCGUCCACCCCGCUGUGCAUGUGAGGGGUAGCUAGCGAUGAAAGUUUCGGCAGUUCUGCUUCUAUGCUUCUGUUCAGGGAUAACAACUUGUUCACUGCAAACAGAUGUGACUCUGGGUGAUAGAGCUGAACUAAUUUGCAAUCAUAAUAUAAUUACAAACUUGGAUAUUAUUUGGGUGAUUACUGGUAGCAGAGAUGGAGAGGGAUCAAAGGCCAUACACCCACUGGAUGGCAACCCAGUCCCUCCAGUGCUGCAACAAAGAGGUUUUGAAUCAGAGCACCAAGUGUUGGAUGGGGGGGUCCUCACCCUAUCACUGAAAGUGCUUGGGUCAGAGGAGAAUAAUCAGACUGAAAUCAGCUGCAAACUGGUGGAUGAAACUGAAUCGAUUGAGACCUUUGUACUUUAUGUUAUCGGACCUCCGGAGAGGCCAGGGGAGGUGAGGGGGUGGGUGGUGGAGUUCUCUCCACUGAGACUGAGACUGGAGUGGGAGGAGCCAUUCUCCCACACUGACCACCCGGUACUCCACUACACUCUCUACACCAGGGAUGGAGGAGCCACAGCCAAUACCACUGACAACAACAUCACUCUCAGUCUGGAAGAAAAUGUUGAUAACUGCAGUCAUAUAGGUAUUGGAGUAGCAGCAGUCAGUGACAUUGGGGAGAGUGAACCAUCUCCAGUAGAGUCCAUGCAAAGAGAUGUGACGGACAAACAGUUCUCUAUUGACGGAAACCUUCUCUCCCAAAACAAAGUUAUUGUACUCAAGCUCAAAUUAAAAGUAAACGAGCCACUGUGUACAAUAACUUAACCAGGCUUAGUGUUUUAGAAUUAGCGUGUUGUUGUUCAGUUCCCGCAGCUGUGUGAGGGCCAGGAGAUGAGGUACAGAGUAGAGGUGGAGGAAGAGAGGACAGGGAGACUGGUCUACCAGGACACCAGAGUCUCAGAGUACAGAGGAGGAGAUGUGGACUACAGCAACACUACCUCUUCUCUCCUGGACCAUGGCUACUACACUGCUCUCGUCUUUCUCCACACUGGGGGACAGAGUACAUCCUCUUUCCCCCUGAGACUACCACUAUUUCAAAAGGACGAACCUGGCAGAAACUCAGACACAGGUGACAGCACUGAUGUAUAUUCACAGACUUUGACAGUUUCCCCACCUUCUCUAGUUUUGAUGCUAACAAUUAUCGGAGUGCUGGCUGCAGUGUUGCUGUGUCUUUUGAUGGUGGUAGUGGUGUACCUCAGAAACAGGUUUUCAACCAGUAUUAUACCCCAAGAACCCAAGGAGAACAGGAACCCUAUAUAUGAGGGACCACUGUAUGAGAACAUGGAGGAGAGUCCAGGGACCUCCCUCCCUCCUCCUCCUCCCUCUGCCAGGAGGAGAGGGAGUGUCUCUCGGAGUGUGGACAAUGUCUACCACAGCUCCCCUGUCCCCAUCCCCACUGGCCCCGAGACUGAGGGACUGCAUGCUGAGCUCCUGGCUGCCAAGAAACAAGAGUCCCAGACCAGGGCCCCGGGAGAUGGGGAGGAGGAGACAUACACCAUCAUGAGACCUGCUGGACUCAACUCUGGUGACAGACACACUCCCUACCUGGAGGAACGUGCUGCCUGGAUCACUGACAGAAAAUAACACUCUGAGAAUUGUGUCAAGUGGCUGUUGUGACAAUGCAACUGUUGUGUUACGCAUUAAGAAACAGUAUUUAACCCAUGGUGUGCAUUAUCAGAUUGCAGUACUGGUCAAAUUGGAUUCUUAAGAUUUAAGCGUUAUUUUGUGGAUACACAGAUUUAUUUUCUGUG